AUGCUACUUGCCGGGGUACUGGCGGCGAUCUCAACCACGGCGAGGGCCAAGGUGGUGGUCUUGCCGAACUGCAACUUCCAGGAGGUGGACCUGGUGCCGUGCAUGGUGGCGGGCGGCGCCGCGGGAGGAGGCGGCGGCGGCAACAUCAGCGACGCCUGCUGCUCGUCGCUGAACAGUGCUCUGGACGCCGGCCACCUCUGCGUGUGCUCGCUGCUGCUGUCCAACGGCGUGUUCGCCUCCCUCGUGACCAGCCUCACCCUCCCGCUCGUGCUGCCGCUGCCCGGGUGCGUCCUCUACGCGCCUUCCCUCGCCACUUGCCAAGCGACGCUGCAGCAGCAGACGAGCGCGCCACCGGCGGCAGCUGCGAGCACAGGAGGCGGUGCUGGUGCGGCGGCGCUUCCAUCGCCGACACAGGCUGCCGCCACCGCUGCCACGCCGCGGGUGAACAAGCACGCAGGUCGAGAGCAGGCUGACGACGACGGGAGGCCGAGGGGAAGCGCUGGCGAUGGCAGUAGCGAGGCUCCCAGUGCAGCGGAGCGCGUCAGCCGUAGCGACGCGCGCCGAAGUCACAGCUCCGACGAGGGGAAAUCGAGCAUGCUGACCGUCGCGGUGGCCAUGGCUGUGUUCUGUUUCAACAGCAUGACGGGUUCAUAA